UCGAAGCUACUUCGGUCUCAGUUUGGGUCGUAGAGAUGAUACCUCGGUCACCAACGACGGCUUCGAGCCGUUCCAGAAGGAUGAUGUUUCUGGUCCUCGUUUACCUGAUGUGUCUCGGAAGAGUUGCAGCAUCAUCAAACGAUGAAAAAAUCCACCACCAGCAACAAACUGAGAAUCUGACCACUAACGACUCUGAGGGUGAAACUUAUAAAACUGAUAAGAUAUAUCGACAAUCAAGAGCUUUACCACGAUUCGAAAACUCGGAAGCUGUUGAAUCAUCUGAAGAGGAGGUAUUUUUGGAAUCUGUUCAGAAAUCACCAUCAGAAAGGAAUUCUUUGUACGUUAUUCCACAUUUAAGACCUGGACGCACAUCCACGCAAAUCUCAGAUUCAGACGAAACUGUUCAGUUGGAAAAUAUCUCUAAACAAGAAAGCAAAAGAAAUAGCUACACAACUAUACCAAUGCUUCGUUAUGGACGAUCAAAUGAUUUGAUUCCUAUUCCAAGAUUCGGCAAAUCUAUCGAAUCAACUGAAGACUCGGAUUCAAACCUCUCAUUAGAUGAUGUUUUAAAUCUUCAAGACAGAAACGAGGAAGAAAUUUUGAAAAAUGACGUCUUACAUAUUAUUAAAAAGGACAAUAUAAUACCUAUUCCCCGAUACGGAAGAUCCGAAUCUAUGAUUCCCAUGCUGCGUUUUGGUAGGUCAGAUUCCAUGAUUCCCAUGCUGCGAUUUGGUAGGUCAGAUUCUAUGAUUCCUAUGGCUCGAUAUGGAAGAUCAGAUUCUUUGAUACCAAUGAUUCGAUAUGGGAGAUCAGAUUCCUUAAUCCCAAUGGCUCGAUAUGGAAGAUCAGAUACUGUGAUACCUAUGGCUCGAUACGGAAGAUCAGAUUCCUUGAUACCAAUGAUUCGAUAUGGGAGAUCAGAUUCCUUAAUCCCAAUGGCUCGGUAUGGACGAUCAGAUUCUUUGAUCCCAAUGGCUCGAUAUGGAAGAUCUGAUACUUUGAUUCCAAUGGCUCGGUUUGGGAGAUUAGACACUUUGAUACCUAUGACUCGAUAUGGAAGAUCAGAUUCUUUGAUCCCAAUGAUUCGAUAUGGGAGAUCAGAUUCUUUAAUCCCAAUGGCUAGAUAUGGAAGAUCCGAUACUUUGAUUCCAAUGGCUAGGUAUGGACGAUCAGAUUCUUUGAUCCCAAUGGCUCGAUAUGGAAGAUCCGAUACGUUGAUUCCAAUGGCUAGGUAUGGACGAUCAGAAACUUUGAUACCAAUGGCUCGAUAUGGCAGAUCUGAUUCUUUGAUUCCGAUUCCAAGGUUUGGUAAAUCCAGUGAACAUUCUGAAAAUUUAGAUUUAAAUUCUGACGGAAUUGCAAUUGAAGAAAACUCCGAAGAGGAAUAUAAUUUGGAAUCUCUAAAAUCUUCAAAAAAACGUAAUGAUGAAAAUGGGGCAAUUAUUCCUUAUCCAAGACCUGGACGGGAAUUACAAACAGCAGAGAAAAAGGAAGACGAUUUGAAAUCAUCCGAUUCUGAAGUAAGACGGCAAACAAAUGAGUCCCUUAUUCCACAAAUUAGAUAUGGUCGAACAUCUGGGAAAGCAAAAACACCUGAAAAUGAACAAUCACAUAUUUUUAUUUUGCCCAAUAUUCGGCCUGGAAGAUCAUCACAGACCAUCGUUGCUAACAAGGGAAAGGAAGGUACAAAAUCAGCUCAAUAUGGGUUAUUGCCUUAUCCUCGCCCCGGACGCUCAGAUAUUAAUCAAAAUGGUAUGGAAAAGCAAUUUAAUGAUCUUAAUGAAAAUCUAGAUUCUACCUUUGACAUCAAAAGGUCAGAAGAAGGUUCCGAUGACCAAAUUGUUUUAGAAUCAGUUUUAGAAGACGAUAUUAUAUUAGAUCCAGGUUAUAUAAAGUCAUAUAAGGAGCAGAAUCUAAUUAACGCUGAUGAAGAUAAUUCACGUUUUGUUAUACCCUAUCCUCGGCCAGGUAAACGAGAUUUGACUCAAGAAGAAACCCCAGUAAAAGUAUUAUCUGGAGAUUCAAAAAAUUAUCCAUAUUUAUUUAAAAUUUCCAAAGAAAACGAUGAAAGUGUUGACUAUUCAUCAUCUUAUUCAAAUGCAAAAAAAUUAAGCAAUGAAGGAAAGUUAGAAAGUCCAAAAGAAAAGAAAAUGGCAUUAAAAAGAGAGGUAUCUUUUGAUUAUUUAUCCGUUCCCCAUUUAAGAUUUCAGCGUAGCAUUAUCUCUGACAAGCCCGAAUUCCUUUUACCGUAUCCAAGACCAGGAAGAUCAAAUACUAUCUUGCCCUUUCCAAGACCAGGAAGAUCAAAUACUAUCUUGCCCUUUCCAAGACCAGGAAGAUCAAAUACUAUCUUGCCAUUUCCAAGACCAGGAAGAUCUAAUACUAUCUUGCCCUUGCCAAGACCAGGAAGAUCUAAUACUAUCUUGCCCUUACCAAGACCAGGAAGAUCAAAUUCUGUUCUACCGUAUCCAAGACCAGGCAGAUCAGAUUCAAUUGUACCCUUUCCAAGACCAGGCAGAUCAAAUACAGUAGUGCCAUUUCCAAGACCAGGACGAUCAGAAGUUAUUUUGCCUUACCCUCGACCAGGUAGAUCAGGUGCAAUCUUGCCAUAUCCCAGACCAGGGCGUUCCACGAGAGAUAAAGUUUUGAAAAGGAAUGUAAAUGAAUAUUUGAUGCCACACUCACAAGCUGAAAACUCUAUGAAUGAAGAGAGCUCCGAGGUUUUAGGAACAUUUUUACAGGAAGACGAUUCUGGAAGAGAGUCUUUUAAAUUGAAAGAUGUUCCCAGUCUUGUCAAGAAACUAAAUGAAGAAAUUUCAACAAGCAAUUCAAUUUAUCUUCUACCGUACCCUAGACCUGGAAGAACUGUAAAAAGGAACUUCGCAUGAAAAAUGCAUUAAAGAAUUUUUUAAAAAAUAAAUUGCAGUUUCAUGCUGUAAUAUCGUUGUUUAGCAAUGGGAAAAAAUUUGUUUGUAUGCUCAAACAAGAAAAAAAAAUUUCAAUAUGAUACAUAAAUGAAAGUUUUGA